AUUUGUUUUAAAAUGGAAGAAGUAUUUCAAGACUAUCCAAACUUCUAUCUUUUCACUCUUUUUCUAUAGGCUGCGCCGCUGGGUGCAUACACUGUACUGACAGCAAAUCUUCUUCGGUUGUCAAAAUUGUCUCCCCUUCCAAUUGUAUAUAUAAUCUAGUCAACACUAUAAAUACACACGCAAAGACAAUCAAUUUUCUUCCUACAAACACACUUAAUCUCCUUCCUCAAAGACCAACUUCAACAACAUGCGACCACAACACAACCUCCUACUUACCUUAAUCACCCUGCUACACUCAUGGAACCACUUCUCCCGUCUCACACAAGCUGACCCUCAAACACGUUUAAUCAACAAAGGUUGUAGCCAAUACAACGCAACAAACUUGUCCAAUUUCUACCAAAAUCUAAACGCAACUCUCUCAGACUUGAAAUCACAGGUGGCAAAUGAAAGCAAGCAUUUUGCAACGGCACAAUCCGCCAAAGGAGCAAACCCUGUUUAUGCUUUGUUUCAGUGCAGGAAUUACCUCUCUAAUUCUGAUUGCGCCGCUUGCUUCACCGUCGCCGCCGCACAAAUACGUAACUGCUCCGCUGGUUCAAACGGUGCUCGGGUUAUUUACGAUGGUUGCUUCCUUAGGUACGAGAGCAAUGGAUUCUUCGACCAAACAACUCUACCUGGAAACAGUAUGAUUUGUGGAACCCAAACAGCAAAUGGAGCAGCUGCUUUUACUGCAGCAGCACAACAAAUCCUACUCAAUUUACAAACAGCAACCCCCAAAAUUCCUGGUUUCUUUGCAGCUACAAAGACACCGGUUUCUGGAACUGGAAACGCAAUCUAUGCCAUUGCUCAAUGUGCUGAAUCAGUCACUCAAAGUGGUUGUUCAGAUUGCUUAACAGUUGGAUUCAACAACAUACAGAGCUGUUUUCCUAAUGCAGAUGGUAGAGCAUUUGAUGCUGGUUGUUUUAUGAGAUACUCAGAAACAUCUUUCUUUGCUGAUAACCAGACCAUUGAUAUUACUCCGUUCCUAAAACAAGGUUCAAGUAAGAAGGGAGCCAUUAUUGGUGGUGUUGUUGGAGGUGUAGCCCUUAUUCUGAUCAUUCUCAUUGCACUAUUUGUUUGGCUUAGGCUCAACAAGAAACCCAAGAGACAUCACAGAGGUGACAUAUUGGGAGCGACUGAGUUGAAAGGUCCACUUACUUACCGAUAUAACGAUUUGAAGUCUGCAACAAAAAAUUUUAACGAGGAAAAUAAACUUGGAGAAGGAGGUUUUGGAGAUGUAUACAAGGGAACUCUGAAAAAUGGUAAAGUAGUUGCUGUCAAGAAAUUGAUUUUAGGCCAUUCCGGGAAGAUGGAUGAACAAUUUGAAAGUGAAGUGAAGCUCAUAAGUAAUGUCCAUCACAGGAAUUUAGUUCGACUUCUCGGAUGUUGCAGUAAAGGCCAAGAAAGAAUUCUUGUUUAUGAAUACAUGGCAAACAACAGCCUUGACAGAUUCUUAUUCGGUGAAAAGAAAGGUUCCCUUAAUUGGAUUCAAAGGUAUGAUAUAAUUUUAGGCACAGCAAGAGGUUUGGCCUAUCUGCAUGAAGAUUUCCAUGUUUGCAUCAUACAUAGAGAUAUAAAGACUAACAACAUCCUCUUGGAUGAUGAUCUUCAACCUAAAAUUGCUGAUUUCGGAUUGGCAAGGCUUUUACCGGAAGAUCAAUCUCAUCUUAGCACAAGAUUUGCAGGAACAUUGGGAUACACUGCACCAGAAUACGCAAUCCACGGUCAGUUAUCAGUGAAGGCUGAUACCUACAGUUUUGGCGUUGUAGUCCUAGAAAUCAUAAGUGGCCAAAAGAGUAGUGAGUUAAGGGAUGAUGCCGAUGGUGAAUUCCUUCUUCAAAAGGCUUGGAAACUAUAUGAGGAAGAAAGACACUUGGAGUUAGUUGACAAGACACUGAACCCUAGUGACUAUGAUGCACAGGAGGUGAAGAAAGUUAUAGAGAUUGCAUUACUUUGCACUCAAGCAACAGCCGCUACAAGACCAACUAUGUCUGAAGUACUAGUUCUACUCAAAAGCAAGAACUUUGCGGAGCAUAUGAAACCAACCAUGCCUGUCUUUGUUAACACUAACCUAAGACCUCGGACAGAUACCUCUACCUCAACUGCUUCUUCAAAAUCUAAUGCAACUGUUUCCACUUCUAUAUUAUCAGCUAGAUGAAAAUGUUAUUGAAGCAUGGAUAUUCAGUUAAGGGAUUUGAGGUUUGAAGUUGAAGUGAAGCCAAACAAAGAAAAUAAGUGGAGAAAUAUUCUCUAUAAACUCUUAAAGCAUGUACAUUUUUAUAUACAAAUACCAAGUGUGGUAUGAAAUAGUACUAAUGCAAAGCUAUUUUAUUUACAAAAAGUGACUUUUGGGUUUGGGUAAGAAGAAUUUAUUGGUUUGUGUUAUAAAGUCCAAAUGGAUCAAAUUCAACCAUGUC